CCUGAACGAUUCCUGAACCACGUUUUUGGCGAUAUUAGAGUAUUGCUAGCGAUUUAUCACCAAUAUUUAUGCUCGCUUGUUUAAACCAUGGUAAAUUCGUCAAAUGUGCAACAAAUAGGACUUCAACUCGCGGAUCAAAACCGACCAUUAACAGACAGAUUCCGUGCUUUGUUCACACUGAGAAAUCUUGGUGGACAUGAAGCUAUCGACUGCAUUUUUAAGUGUUUUGAUGACCCCUCAGCUUUAUUAAAACAUGAGUUGGCGUACUGUCUGGGACAAAUGCAGGAUGAAUAUGCAAUUCCAGGAUUAAUCAGGGUUCUACAAGACAAGAAUCAAGAACCCAUGGUUAGACAUGAGGCUGGUGAGGCACUUGGUGCCAUUGGAUCUGCUGAUGUUCUCAACAUCUUGAGAGAGUACGCCAAUGACCCACAGAUAGAGGUGGCAGAAACUUGUCAGCUCGCUGUACAGAGAAUAGAAUGGCUGAAAGAGAAGUGCUCACAAGAAAAUGACCACCUAAGCUCAAACCCCUAUAAGUCUGUGGAUCCUGCCCCACCCUCCAUGGUGCUGGACACUGAUACGUUACAGAACACAUUGCUUGAUGAAACUCGUCCACUUUUUGACAGAUAUAGGGCAAUGUUCUCACUGCGUAACAAGGGAGAUAAUGAAUCAGUACUGGCCUUGGCCAGAGGACUCAAGUGCAGCAGUGCAUUAUUCAGGCAUGAAAUUGCUUAUGUCCUUGGACAGAUGCAACACGAGGCAGCCAUUCCUCAGCUAAUACAGAAUCUUGAAGAUCUGAAGGAAAACCCAAUGGUGAGACAUGAAUGUGCUGAGGCAUUAGGUUCAAUAGCUAAGGAUCAAUGUUUGGCAGCCUUAGAAAAGUAUUCAAGGGAUCAAGAAAGAGUCGUGAAGGAAAGUUGUGUUGUUGCACUGGACAUGUAUAAUUAUGAGCAGAGCAGUGAGUUUCAGUACGCAGAUUCAUUGGUCAAAAUCAACGAAACAUAAAUCACCAGGAGCAGGUGCAAUAAAAAUAAGAAUUUCAAGAACUCCGGUUGGUAGGAUGCUAAGCUGCGGCUCAAUUUCUCAGUGCUGCUUUCCACAGGCUACUAAAGAUUUAGAGAGACCUGACGAAUGCUGAAGAAAUUACAUUGGCCUCUGCCUAACUGCUUCGAUGACUUAUCAGCAAACAAAAUCCCGUACAGUACUAUAGCGUACAUAGUAGGCUAGAACUAAGGUCAAAAUUAGAUUAAUGUACCACAAAUUGGAUUGUUUCAUGAACACAGUUUUCAGAAGUGUUGAAAGAUGUUGAAUGAAAGUCUGAUUUGAUCAAACUUGCAAGCAUCAUGUUAUUCCAACAUACCCCAGCAAUGUGGUCAAAUAACUCCAAACUUUUUACUCAACAAAUUAUUACGUAAAGUUCUUUCUUAAAAAGAAAACAUAAUGUUGAAUAGAUACAGCCCAUUGUUAGCGUUUGUGUCAAAUGAAAUGAGUACAAAACAUCUCAGUAUUACUGUGCAUGUAUUUAGUUUAUUAAAGAAACAGUGAUUAAACAGAACUGACAACAUUUUGUAAACACUUUUAUUUUGCUUUCCCACCUGAUUCUUAUCGAUUUUCAUCAAAUUGCACUUUAAGGACUGUUCAAGUAGCAAAGAAAAAAACAAAUCAAAAAAUAUUUAAUACAUGUACAUGUACACUUACAUCACAUGUACAACCCUGUCAAAAUGUCCCAGCAGUGUGUAAUUUUGCCACCUGCAGGAAAUUAAAAUUUGUACAGUGUAUUUUCCACCUACAGUACUUCACACUGGAGUUCACUAAUCCUGAUCAAUAACAAAUCCAUCUCUGUUUAUCAGGGGUUUCAUUCACAUUUUCAGCAGGAGCACAACUGGUUUUCACAGGUGGACAAAACUAUAAGAACUAAACUUCUUUGUAAGAAAAACUUUCCGCUAUAUGGGCAAAAAUUGUCCUUACAGCCGGUCAAUUUACUUGGUGUCCGGCCCUUGAUGAAACCCCUGGUCCAUUAUUGUCUGCUACUGUUAUCCAGCUGCUUGUGCCUACAAAACAUUUUGACAGGGCUACAUGUAUUUAGCUAUUGGUGUAGACUAUUCGAGUAAAUCCUCUUUCAAUUUCAUUUCUUCUCAUUGUUACACUAGCUGACACAACAUGUUAAUUUUAUAGACGUACAGUACAUGUAUGUGUGCUUUUAAAUAAUAUCACAUUAGACAUUUUCUCAUUUCUCACAAACAUACAUUGCUGUGCAACAAGGGUGAGCAAAAACAAUCAAUAAAAUACAUUAUUUACUUCUCAGUUUCCAGCACUGUUAGUAGUUUCUCUAAGACUCUACAAUGUGUUUGUUAUGAUUUUGUGAACAGACAGGAGAACGUUUGAAGCCAUUCUGCUAACACACAGCAAUGACACAGCAUUGAGUAACUUUAAAUUGGACAUGAACAUACAAGUGAUGUGGAAAACAGUAGCCUUAGGAGCUUUGAGGACUGUCUACUCUUGCUCCACAAUAACAUCGCAAACUAACGGUUUGUCCUCAACUUCAACAUGUGAAUUACUCCACCGUUCCCCCUUCUUUUUUGUUGAUGUUUAUCCAGCCCCAUUUACCCUCUCCCCUUACUAAGGGAUGUAGAGACUACUGAAUUUAGAGCUUGGUCUUUAGAUAAGCUGACAGGAAUGUCAAAUAGCCUAAAUGUGGCAUGACACUUCAAGCAACAAUUAUUGUGAGUUAAGGUUACUGAGGUUGGGCUAGGGAAAAGGAAAGGUUCAACUUGCCUUUAAAGCAAAUAACUGACGGUUGGCUAUCUGACAAGAUGUUACAUGUUGAUAAACUCCUCAGAAACUAUGUUCCCCCGUCCCCCUUAUUGGCAAUUGACAAAAGACAGUGAUUUAUGUUAAGUUUAAAGCUGGACAUUCAAAAAGCAAUCCUUCAGUGAAAUAAAAAACAAAAUCAAUGUAUUCUGGCCACCAACAGAUUUCAAUCGCUUUGAUUUCUGACAUGCCAUUAAAAAUAAAUUAUAAAUUUCCCAGAAGGAGCAAUGCACAAGAUUCAGU